AUGGAAUUCAAAGGCAGUGACAGGGGCCCAUUUGUGCCCGCUCUGAUCAUAGUGGAUAUGCAGGAAGACUUCUGUCCACCCAAUGGAUCUCUCGCCGUUCAAGAUGGCCGAACCCUUGCCCCACUGAUCAACGAUCUCCUCUCCCAGCCUGGCUUCGUGACGCGUAUCGCAACUCAAGAUUACCACCCCGCAGACCACAUUUCCUUCGCCAGCAACCAUCCCCCGCCGAAUAACCGUCCCUUUGAAUCAUUCAUCGAAAUGAAGAACCCCGCGCCUGAUAGGAAGACGGAAUCCAAGCCGCAGCAGCUCUGGCCGGUACAUUGCGUGGCCGGGAGUCCUGGCGCUGAGAUGAUUCCGGAGAUUGAUGCCGGUCGCAUUGAUCUGUUCGUUCAGAAGGGGAAGCACUCGCAGGUCGAGAUGUAUUCUGCUUUUGCGGAUGCCUUUGGGAAUCUGGACCCUGCGGUGACGUCGCAAUCGGUUAAUGUGGAUAUUGCAUCGGUGCUCGAGAAGAAAGGGGUCACGGAUGUGUUUGUUGUCGGGUUGGCUGGGGAUUACUGCGUGAAAUGUACUGCUAUCGAUGCGUUCAAGGCUGGAUUCCGAAGCUGGCUUAUUGAAGAGGGGACUAAGUGUGUGAUGCCUGAUAAUUGGGGGAAGGCCAAAGAGGAGCUUCGAGUUGCGGGAGUCUCGGUCAUUCAUGCUGACGAUCCCAUUGUGAAGAAGCUGGCGGUAGCAGUGGCAUAG